AUGUCAGGUCUCGAAGUGAUCGGUGUCAUCGCAAGCAUAGCCCAGAUCGCCAAUCUUGGCAUCAAACUCUCAGUCAAGCUAUGCACCUUCUAUCGCCGAGUCAAAGAUGCAAACCAGUCCAUUCAGAGCCUUUCUAGUGAAGUAUCCCUUACAUGCACGAUACUUCAAGAGCUGGGGGCGGCCCUUUGUCGGGACGAGCAGGCCAAAGUUUGCUCCGAGAAAGCAUUCAAGACAACACAAGAAGUGCUAGGCGAGUGCAUAAUUGUAUUCAACCGGAUCGAUGAAGCAACCGAGGAGGAAAAUACCCGAGCUGGGAAAGGUCGCUUCCAACUCCGGGCUCAAAAGUUCACUAUUGCCUUUAUGAGUUCAGAUAUAGAUCUGCUGAGGAGCAAUCUGGAAAGAUUGAAGUCGACAAUGCUACUCAUGCUCAAUGUGAUCAUGUAUGCCGGCAGCUUCGCAGGUACAACUUAUCUUGACUUCGAAGUUGCUAUGGCUGAUUAG